GGCGGCGGCGGCGGCGGCGAGGACGGCGGCGACGGCAGCUGCCGAGGGGGCGGUGGCUUCGAGGGGGGUGCGGGGCAGGCGGAAGAAGAAGAGUGCGCGCCGGCGGCUAGGUCGCUGAGGAACAUCGUCGGGAUCAGCGACUACCGUCUAUUCUACAAGAUGAGUAACAGCCACCCUCUUCGGCCCUUUACUGCAGUGGGGGAAAUUGAUCAUGUGCACAUUUUAUCUGAACAUAUUGGUGCUUUGUUGAUUGGGGAAGAAUAUGGUGAUGUCACCUUUGUUGUGGAAAAGAAACGUUUUCCUGCUCACAGGGUAAUUUUAGCAGCAAGGUGCCAGUAUUUUCGAGCACUGCUAUAUGGUGGCAUGCGAGAAUCUCAGCCUGAAGCAGAAAUCCCUCUCCAAGACACUACUGCAGAAGCAUUCACAAUGCUACUUAAAUACAUCUACACUGGGCGAGCAACGCUGACAGAUGAAAAGGAGGAGGUGCUACUGGACUUUCUGAGCCUGGCUCAUAAAUAUGGAUUUCCAGAGCUGGAGGAUUCUACCUCUGAGUACCUCUGCACCAUACUUAACAUUCAGAAUGUCUGUAUGACUUUUGAUGUUGCCAGUCUUUACUCACUUCCCAAGUUAACUUGUAUGUGCUGCAUGUUUAUGGACAGAAAUGCUCAGGAGGUGCUCUCCAGUGAAGGUUUCCUCUCCCUUUCUAAGACAGCACUUUUAAGCAUCGUAUUGAGAGAUUCAUUUGCAGCUCCUGAAAAAGACAUUUUCCUUGCCUUGUUAAACUGGUGUAAGCACAAUUCAAAGGAAAAUCAUGCUGAAAUCAUGCAAGCUGUGCGUUUACCUCUGAUGAGCCUCACAGAACUUUUGAAUGUUGUGAGACCUUCAGGACUGUUAUCUCCUGAUGCCAUUCUGGAUGCUAUUAAAGUUCGAUCAGAGAGCCGAGAUAUGGACCUCAAUUAUAGGGGCAUGCUCAUACCAGAAGAAAACAUUGCAACUAUGAAGUACGGAGCCCAGGUUGUAAAAGGAGAAUUGAAGUCUGCCUUAUUAGAUGGUGAUACUCAAAAUUAUGAUUUGGAUCAUGGAUUUUCUCGACACCCAAUUGAUGAUGACUGCCGUUCUGGCAUCGAGAUUAAGCUAGGGCAGCCAUCCAUUAUCAACCAUAUACGAAUCCUCCUGUGGGACCGGGAUAGCAGGUCUUAUUCAUACUUCAUUGAGGUGUCCAUGGACGAACUUGAUUGGAUCAGAGUGAUUGAUCAUUCACAGUAUCUGUGUCGUUCUUGGCAAAAGCUAUAUUUUCCAGCCCGUGUCUGCAGGUAUAUUCGAAUAGUUGGAACUCACAACACAGUGAACAAGAUUUUCCAUAUUGUGGCUUUUGAAUGCAUGUUUACAAACAAAACUUUCACUCUUGAAAAGGGACUGAUAGUUCCCACGGAAAAUGUUGCAACAAUUGCAGACUGUGCUAGUGUGAUUGAAGGCGUCAGUCGGAGUCGAAAUGCUUUGCUGAAUGGGGACACCAAGAAUUAUGAUUGGGACUCUGGUUAUACAUGCCAUCAACUAGGAAGUGGUGCAAUUGUGGUUCAGCUGGCACAGCCAUACAUGAUCGGGUCAAUACGGUUAUUACUUUGGGACUGUGAUGAUCGAAGCUACAGCUACUACGUUGAGGUUUCUACCAACCAGCAACAGUGGACGAUGGUAGCUGACAAAACCAAAGUCUCCUGCAAGUCCUGGCAGUCAGUAACUUUUGAAAGACAGCCUGCCUCCUUCAUCCGAAUCGUUGGAACACACAACACAGCAAAUGAGGUGUUCCACUGUGUUCACUUUGAAUGUCCUGAGCAGCAGCGAAGCCAGAAGGAGGAAAACGGAGAGGAAGCAGGGACUGGGGACCCCAACCUGGCAGGUCAGCAGCUCGACCCCCAUGCCCUGCAGGCCCCCAGUGGCGGCUCACUGCCCUCCAGCCCAGGCUCUGCCUCUCGCUCCCCCAGCCGGCAGCACCAGUGAUGUGGAGUGGCUCGGGUGGGCCCAGGUGGCAGCAAGAACUGGCAUCCUCCCCCCCAGCUGGGAUCUGUGUUGACAACUCCCCACCCCCACCCCUCAGCACCUAUUUCCAGGGAGUGGACCUGGCUGGAAAAAAAAAAAAAAAAAAGGACACAGAACAGGUUUUCUCCCAAGGACAUAAAGGGGCUGCUUUGUUCUCCUCAAUUUGUUUGAAUCAGGCUGGUCUCCAGGGAGAGAAAAUGGGUCUUCAAUCUUCAUCAAGUCCACCAUUAACACCCUACCUCUCUAAUCUAAACCAGGCAAAGGGAACAGAAGAAAGUAAUAGACAGGCCCGUGUUGGAAUACAAAACUGGCGCAUGCACACUCGAGUGCAGGAGAAUAUAUUAGGCCCGCAUUACCUGGAGGUGCCCUUUAGGAAAUGGGUUUCCAUAGAGUGCUUACUUUUAUGGAACACAUUGCCCUGGCAACUAAAUGAUUUUUUAUUUCUUUUGGUUAUUUCCCAUUUGCUGAAUCAUAGGUGUUCCAGAUCGUUUUGAAAUGCUCAAACAGCAAAUCACUUGUUUUAAUCCUUUAGACACUGUAAUUUUCCUUCCUUAGUUUUGAAUGCUUUAUGCGUGGGGUAGAGCUGAGAAAUGGUGCGCCUCUCCUAAAUGAGGCAUAGAUGCAGCUCAUCAGAGCACCUGGGCUGACAAGGAAAAUCCUCUGAGGAAGUUCAACCAAAUACACAAUGAGCAAAUCAAUCCAUGGACACUGGAGCUCAUAAUCACUUGAAUCUCUGAGUUAUUAACCUGUCAUUCCUGAAAGGUAUCCUGCCUUUAAGCUUGGGGGACUGACAAGGAAAUGGCUAGGAGGCUACCUGUUCAUUUCACAUCCAGGAGUACUUGUAUCUAAACUCCUACCAACUUCCGUUCGGGCAGACGCUGCUGCGUUCCUGAGUGGGUGGGCUGGGAGACGGCCUCCUGCCAGUCAGUGGCAGGAAUAUAGGACUGGGAUGGGACAAACGGCACAGAUGUGGGUGCUCAGCUACUGUGUGUUUGGUCCCGGGCCGUGGUGCUCGGCCAGGGACCGAGAAAUAAAAGUAGAUCUAAGCAGCUCUUCUGCUAACCCUCAUCAAAACUAUCUCAGCUGACUAUUGUCACUUGAUCUGGCUCUGCUGUGUCUCGUACUUAGUCAUUUCCAUUCCAGCUUUGUAACAUGAUCAGAUUAUGGUCUGAUUUUUGCUUAUCACCAAUCAGCUUUACAAAUCAGCUGAGCCACACUGGUUCCCCCUCUGUCCUCCAGACAUGGGCUGGGUCCCCUGUGCACCUUGGGGGCCCCCUCAGAGGAGUGGCAUUUAUAGGGUAACUCCUUUCUGAUGUCGUUAGGAGACACUGGUUGUGAGUGUAGGGAGAGUCAGCUAAAUGUCUUCUCCGAGAUUACCUUGGUGAGUGACCAGUGGCUGUGGGGAUCAUAAAGCAGCGUCUAACUGCACUGCAUGCAUAGAUGGGAAGGCAGCCUUGCUUGGAAGUAGGAGGGACAGUUUCCCUCAUGUCCUCGACUCUGAUCUUUGUCCACUUCCACAUCCUUGGAGGCAAGUGCAGCCUGAGAAGGUCCAGGCACUUCAUGGGGGGGAGGAGGGCAGCAGAUGGCAGUGCUGGCUGGCCGUGGGUGGCUGUUCCAUGUCAGCAUCCAGCCCUGGGUGCCAAUUAGUGCCGAGCCUUCCUGUCCACUCAGCACAUCCUUCCAGUGGGGGCUCACUGCCCUGGGGCCCGGGAGGUCAGAGCAGGGCAGAGCACAGGGGCUUUGAAAGUGUCAUCUGGCUAAAGACUUCUUUUUCAGCACUGGAAACACCCAGGCAGCACUACUGACUGUGGGAGUGGGGUCCACUGAUGAAAGAUCUGGAAGCACCUGCCCACCCCCAUCUCCAGACCCCUCAGUUCCCUGCUUACAUAACUCUCAACACCCCAGCACAGGCAACUGAAAAGUACUUUGGCGUAGUUUGGCAGCUCAGCUUCAUACCCAUCCCAGAGGCAGGAAGGCUCAAUGAGGACACCAGACCCCCUCUCUCUGCCCUUCCAGCAGAGGCCACGGCCCCUCCUAGCACCUGUGGGUGUCUCUGGUGUUUCCGCUUCCAGAUACCUGCCCUGCGGUCUGCUUGAGAGACUGGAGUAUUUCAUUCUCGCUCCUCCUCCAGCACUUCAGAUGUCCCUUAUCAUCGGAUAAAAGGAAGAAGGGACAGAGAAGGUGAGGUGGGCUGUGUCCCUCACAACUGUCAGCCCAGCUCUCCUCCCUGUUGAGAUGCUUUCUUUGCUUGAUGGAAGUCUUCUCUACACCUCAGAGGACCCUGACAGAACUCAGCAUCUCCUGCACCAGACUGGGGGGCUCUGCCUUCCUUAAUGGGCCUUCUUAUUUGGGGAGCAGGACUGGUUCUUCCUGUAUGCCCAGCUGGGCCAGAGCCUUCUGAAGGGGUCUGGAUGCCUAAACAGAGUGUGUCACCCAAGACAUACCCAGGGAAGGCCUGGCUCUCUGGAGAGUAAAGAAGAAGUAGCUAGUCAGGAGAAUGUCCCACUACAACCUGGCCUCCUCCAAAGUCCUGGCUGGCCACACAGAGGACUUCUCUCAUGGAACCACUGGGAACAGAAUGGCCCAAGACCUUGAAGAGCCCAACAGCACUGCAGAGCACUGCAGAGAGUAGCAUGGUGGCGCACAGCUGGAAGCAUUCUCAGAUGUCCUUGGAGUCCUUACAUCGCAGAGGGUGGAGGCUGAUGCUGAUGGUUUCUGCAGGGUACAAGGAAAGAGACUGUCAAACAGUGGGGGUACAGGGGCAGAGGCCCAUGAGCAACUGUGAGGAUGGGUGCAGCCCAGGUGGUGUCAGGUUUGAGGCCAGGUCCAGGUCGGGUGAGACCUCACCCUGGUCCACAAAGUAGUACUUUUUGACUAUAAACUAGGGAGUCAGAGCCCUGCCUUUGUAACCACCACCCAGAGCAAGAAAGAGCACUGCUGCCAGCCUAAGCCCUUUAUUUUAGAUCAUGGUUUGUCUGUUUUGGUAAAAAAAAGCAAACUUCCCUGGGGCUUUUGGGAGAAUCCUUGUUUCCUGGCAGCCCCUGAGGAGCACAGAGCAGCCAGGUGGGUCAUGUGUUGCAGGGUAGGCACCCCAUCAAGGCAGCCUUGAGGGGCGAGGGCCGCCACCGAGCGAUCGGCCUCAAGUCAGGUAUAACAGGUCGACAUGCAAAUCACACCCCACCCCCCGCCCCCACAUUUCCCCAUAUUCUCAGUGCUUUUUCUGUUUCUCUGAGUUUUGUUAGAAACAUGAGCCCGUGAUGGAUGUGGGGCUCUUCUCAACUGCUCUUUAAAUUGUCACUUUUUUAAUCUUAUUAAAUGAAGUGUCGAUUCCUGACAAAUACAUUAAAAGUGUUUUAUUCCUAGAAGAGUUGGGAAAAGAAAUUAUUUUCAGCAAGAGUGGGAUGUGUUUGUUAGACUGAUUCCUUGGCAAAAAAAAAAAAAAAAAGAGUUUCUGAAUUGUGGAAAAAAUUGCUUAGUCGUUACGUUGCCUCCCCAAUUGUCAAACUGCUGUGCAGACAGCUCCAACUUCACUUGUUUUUUUUUUGAAUUUAGAAGAUAACAAAAUUGUAAUCACUUAUCCUUUCUAGAGCCUGGAGGGUUGGGAAGGAAAGCAUAAUCUGUGACAAACGGGAGCAUCCUGUGUGCUGAGGCCACUUGGUAAUAAAGAGUGGUCCUCAUUGCUGCUUCAAUUAAGAGCCUCCCUUUGGACAGAGAAGAAAGGUGUCAAAGAGGAAACAAGAAUUAGACGUGGCUUCUUCCAGGGGGUCUUCUUCAUCA